CUUGAAAAAAAUUAUUGGAAUUAUUGGCUCCUAGACAAGGAAUAUAUUUUCCUGGCUAACAGUAGCUGUGGAAAGUGAAGAGUGAAUGUUCCAAGAGAGAAUUUCGUGGCAGCCACCAGACUUCUUGCUGUUCUGUUUUUUCACUGUGGGACUGUUGGAAAUGCAUCAAAAUACAGUUCUUCUGUCUGACUUUGGCUCUUGGCUACUGUAGUACCAGGAUAAAGAGGAAGUUGUUCUAUGGAUGAAUACUGUAGGACCUUACCACAAUCGCCAAGAAACAUACAAAUACUUCUCUCUCCCUUUCUGUGUGGGAUCAAAAAAAAGCAUCGGCCAUUACCAUGAAACCCUAGGGGAAGCACUUCAAGGAGUUGAAUUGGAAUUUAGUGGUCUUGACAUCAAAUUUAAAGAUGAUGUGAUGCAGACCACUUACUGUGAAGUUGACUUGGACAAGGGAAGAAGAGAUGCAUUUGUGUAUGCUAUAAAAAAUCACUAUUGGUACCAGAUGUAUAUUGAUGACUUGCCAAUAUGGGGGAUUGUUGGAGAAGCAGAUGAAAAUGGAGAAGAUUAUUACCUUUGGACUUACAAAAAACUUGAAAUUGGUUUCAAUGGAAAUAGAAUUGUAGAUGUCAAUCUGACCAGUGAAGGAAAGGUGAAACUGGUACCAAACACAAAAAUCCAGAUGUCAUAUUCAGUGAAAUGGAAGAAAUCAGAUGUGAAGUUUGAAGACCGAUUUGACAAGUAUCUUGACCCAUCUUUCUUUCAGCACAGAAUUCACUGGUUUUCAAUUUUCAAUUCUUUUAUGAUGGUGAUCUUUCUGGUUGGCCUGGUGUCUAUGAUAUUAAUGAGAACUUUGCGAAAAGAUUAUGCAAGAUACAGCAAGGAGGAAGAAAUGGAUGAUAUGGACAGAGAUCUAGGUGAUGAGUAUGGGUGGAAGCAGGUCCAUGGAGAUGUGUUUAGACCAUCCAGUCAUCCUCUAAUAUUUUCAUCGCUUAUUGGUUCUGGCUGUCAAAUUUUUGCUGUGUCUCUUAUAGUUAUUAUUGUUGCAAUGAUAGAAGAUUUAUACACAGAGAGAGGAUCAAUGCUUAGUACAGCUAUUUUUGUUUAUGCUGCAACAUCACCAGUGAAUGGAUAUUUUGGAGGAAGCCUUUAUGCUAGACAAGGAGGAAGGCGAUGGAUAAAGCAGAUGUUCAUUGGAGCCUUCCUUAUUCCAGCAAUGGUGUGUGGAACUGCCUUCUUCAUCAACUUCAUUGCCAUCUAUUACCAUGCUUCGAGAGCUAUACCCUUUGCAACCAUGGUGGCAGUGUGCUGUAUUUGUUUCUUUGUUAUCCUUCCAUUGAACCUCGUUGGGACUAUUCUUGGCCGAAAUCUGUCAGGACAGCCUAAUUUUCCAUGUCGUGUCAAUGCAGUGCCUCGUCCUAUACCGGAGAAGAAAUGGUUCAUGGAACCAGCUGUUAUUGUUUGCCUAGGUGGAAUCCUCCCUUUUGGAUCAAUUUUUAUUGAAAUGUAUUUCAUUUUUACUUCAUUCUGGGCUUACAAGAUCUACUAUGUUUAUGGCUUUAUGAUGCUGGUUCUGGUUAUCCUCUGCAUUGUGACAGUUUGUGUGACCAUCGUUUGUACGUAUUUCCUGCUAAACGCAGAGGAUUACAGGUGGCAAUGGACAAGCUUUCUUUCUGCGGCAUCAACUGCGAUUUAUGUUUACAUGUACUCCUUUUACUACUACUUUUUCAAGACAAAGAUGUAUGGCUUGUUUCAAACAUCAUUUUACUUUGGUUAUAUGGCAGUAUUUAGCACAGCUCUGGGAAUAAUGUGUGGAGCUAUUGGUUACAUGGGAACAAGUGCCUUUGUUCGUAAAAUCUACACUAAUGUGAAAAUUGACUAAGGAAAUAAGAAAAUUGAACUAUGGAUCAGCUCCUGUUUUCCUGGGGAUGAAUUUGCACAGCAAAAAGCGCAAGAAGAGAUUUGGGUUUUAACACUGGGCACUAUAUGGGUCUCCAUUUUGUGGAUGGCUUAAAGUAACAUCUAUUUCAUUGAUCCUAGGUUCUUACUGACUGCUUUCUCCAACUGUUCACAGCAAAUGCUUGGGAUUAUAUGCAGUAGGCAUUACUACAGUAUGUGGCUAAUCUUUCCCCCCCCAAAAAACCAACAUCAAAAAACAAAAAACCUAGCUCAUUAAAGAUGAAUAGACUAGCUCUCUUCAGUGAAGAGGACAAACAGUUUGUUUAAAGCAUUUGUUCCAUUCAAUAAAAAGAGGGAAACUUGGCUGCUAAAACUACUUGAUUAGUAGUCUUCCUGGUACUCAACAUUUCUAAAUUAUGUAAAAAUGCUGUUCCAGAAAGAUUACUCUUCUGAUUUUUACUGCCAUUGCCAGAAUAGGAGGUAUGUUUUGUAUUUUCAACUCCAGGUGCUUUUUGGUUUAUUUGCAAUAUCAACUACCCUACACUCAUUUGUUUAAAAAAUAAUUUAAACAUAUAUAAAACUCCCAUAUGCAUGUAAUAUAUCAGCUAUUGCUCUAGUUGGACCAAUUUCCCUUUAUUUAUCUUUAAAGUAAUAUCCAGCUACAUCUUAAAUCCAUCCAAAGAAAAUACAGUCUGAAGACGGGAUGUGUUCUCUGCAAUGCAAUUUACUGUACAGUUAGAAAGCAAAAUGUUAAAUGAAGAGGAUUUGUUUGUUUUUUAAUAAACACUCUGAGGUCUAGAUUAAAACAAAACCAACGUUUUAACUGAAUGUCUAAAGUGAUUCUCCUUUUUUCCAAGUUAGUCUUGCAUAUUUUUUUGGGGGUUUGGGUUGAAUGAAGAUUUUCCUUUAGACAUCUUACAAGGGGUAAUAAGUGUAUAUAACAUUAAAUAAUGUAACUUAGGUGUAGAUCCCAAAUGUAUUUGGAUGUACAGAUUUACUACAGAGUACUUUUUCUGAUGAUUCGGUGUAAAAAUGUGUGAAUUUGGGUGGCUUUUUACAUCUUGCCUGCCAUUGCAUGAAAAGUUGGGGUUUCUUCACAAUGUGUGUAUGUCAUGCUUUUCUGUUCUAUUUCUCAAGCUCUUACAGGAAUUAAAUUUGUAAUUUAGAACAUUUUAAUUUUUGUUAAUCCUAUCUGAACACUUGUGUAACAUCAAAAGCACAGUUGCUUUAUAGUGUUCAGAAAACUAAAAUAAACUUUUCAGACAAAAAUGUUUUGAUUGUGAAAAUAGAUGAGUUUGCAAUUGAGAAUGUUUGAAAAGGCAAUACUGCUGAGCACCAGUUUCUGUAUACAAUAUUAGUGUGGUUUUCAUCUAUCAACCACCCCUGCUUUGAAUUCAGAAUUUGCUUACAACUGUAUUGUACAAUACAACUCCAAAGUGAAUGACCAACCCAAAAAGAUUCUUCUUGGCUGUGGCAAAGUGUUUUGUGAUCCAGCCAGUGUGCUGAGAAAAGUGGGGGUAAGUGUGGACUGAAAUAAAUGGGCAAAUAAAGGUUAAGUCUUUCUAAGA